AUGGCCUCCGUGGAGCUGAAGAGAGGCGGGACCGCAGCUCACGGAACCGGAGACGACACUUGUAAGUUAACUCUGAAUCCCAGCCUAUCCAAGCUGACCCUAACCCCAGAUCCUGCAUACUGGAUGGAACUGAUCCUGGGUGCCAGACCAGCUGAACUGACUUUGGACUCCACACACCAACCAGAAAGUCAUCCAGAGAUGACCCUCAGUCCUGGUGCAGCUGAUAGGAUUCCAGAUCCGGUACAUCAGCUAGAGGAAACCCCAGGCCCCAGCCUGGCCAGGUUGACCCUGGAACCUGUGCAUUGCCGGCCUGAGCUCCUGGACGCCUGUGCUGACCUCAUCAAUGAGCAGUGGCCCCGAAGCCGAGCGUCCCGCCUACACUCCUUGGGCCAGUCCUCUGAUGCCUUCCCUCUCUGCCUGAUGCUGCUUAGUCCUGGCCUCACGCCCAAGGCAGCCCCCAUCGUGGUGGGGCAUGCUCGCCUGUCACGGGUGCUGGAUCGUCCUGAGAGCCUCCUCGUGGAGACAGUGGUAGUGGCCCGGGCCCUGAGGGGCCGUGGCUUUGGCCGCCAACUUAUGGAAGGCCUGGAGACUUUUGCCAAGGCCCGGGGCUUUUCCCGACUACACCUCACUACCCAUGAUCAGAUGCACUUCUAUGCCCACUUGGGCUACCAGCUGAGUGAGCCCGUGCAGGGCCUUGUCUUUACCAGCCGACAGCUGCCUGCCACCCUGCUCAAUGCCUUCCCCAGGACCUCCUAUCCCCCAAACCCCUGCAAAACCCCCAACCUGACAGCCCAAGCUGCCUCCUCAAGAGUCCCCAGGGGACCUCCAUUGCCACCACCACCACCCCUGCCUGAGCCCCAGACCAUCCUCCCUCCACCUCCACCCCCACCCCCACUCCCACCAGGCUCCUCUUCACCAACCCUACUGGAGACACAAUAUCGAGAUGUGAAGGGCUGUCCCAUCUUCUGGAUGGAGAAGGACAUCUGA